ACGUCGGGGGGGCAUCCCCUGGGGGAGGGCCAACCCCAAUGUGUCCACUCCUCCCCGGCCAAACUGGUCACUUCUGUCACCUCUGCCGCACCCGGCCCCUUCGUUGUCAGGGGCCCAGGGAUCCAUUUUGAUACCAAGAACACCAGGGAUGCAACCUGAGGCCACCCCUACCUGCUUCUCCCCUGGCUUCUCAGCUCCCAGACAGCCUGCAGGGGGGCCGAGGGAGGCCUGGGGAGGGGGCCUGCCAUCCAGCACCAGGGGCUGCUGUGUGUGAGCUCCUCCCCAGUGCCAGGCCCCUUCCUUCAGCCUGCAUGGAUCAGCUGCCACCACCCCAACACUCCACGUUGUCAGGAGCAGUACACAGAUGGGGAGACCGAGGCUCAGAAGGAAAGCACCUCUACUGACCACACUGCCUGCCUGGGCACUUGCAGCACUGCAGGGUGACCAACUGUCUUGGCUUACCCAGGCCUGGGGGUUCCUGGGACAGAGUGAGGCUUUCAGUGAGAAACCCUGGAAUGUCCCAGCUCCUGUUAGCAACAGUGCCGAAGUCCACACCAGCAGUGUCCAACAAAGACCCGACGAGAGCCACUAUCGGUCUUUGUCUUAGUCAAGCUUUCGAGGAGCAACUCAGCAAUUCUGUUUCCAAUAAUCACCUAACAGUUUACACAUUCGAAACCACUGGGAAGCUGCAGACCAGGCAGCGUGGGAUGGGGAAGUGGAGACCGAGAGGCUGCUGCCGGGGAAAUAUGCAGUGCAGACAAGAGGGUAAUGGGUGUCCCGAUUUCGCGGGGGACUCUGUGAUCCGUGUUCCCCUGACCCUCCUAGUGCACAACUUGGCCGGGCUCACCGGGCUCCUGCACCACUGCCUGUCAGGUCCACUGCCAGCCCCAAGCCCCCCACCAGCCAUGAGCUCCUCCAGAAAGGACCACCUCGGCGCCAGCAGCUCAGAGCCCCUCCCAGUCAUCAUUGUGGGUAACGGCCCCUCUGGUAUCUGCCUGUCCUACCUGCUCUCCGGCUACACACCCUACAUGAAGCCAGAUGCCGUCCACCCACACCCCCUGCUGCAGAGGAAGCUCACCGAGGCCCCGGGGGUCUCCAUCCUGGACCAGGACCUGGACUACCUGUCCGAAGGCCUCGAAGGCCGAUCCCAAAGCCCCGUGGCCCUGCUCUUUGAUGCCCUUCUACGCCCGGACACAGACUUUGGGGGAAACAUGAAGUCGGUCCUCACCUGGAAGCACCGGAAGGAGCACGCCAUCCCCCACGUGGUUCUGGGCCGGAACCUCCCCGGGGGAGCCUGGCACUCCAUCGAAGGCUCCAUGGUGACCCUGAGCCAAGGCCAGUGGAUGGGGCUCCCGGACCUGGAGGUCAAGGACUGGAUGCAGAAGAAGCGAAGAGGUCUUCGCAACAGCCGGGCCACGGCCGGGGACAUCGCCCACUACUACAGGGACUACGUGGUCAAGAAGGGUCUGGGGCAUAACUUUGUGUCUGGUGCUGUGGUCACAGCCGUGGAGUGGGGAACCCCCGAUCCCAGCAGCUGUGGGGCCCAGGACUCCAGCCCCCUCUUCCAGGUGAGCGGCUUCCUGACCAGGAACCAGGCCCAGCAGCCCUUCUCGCUGUGGGCCCGCAACGUGGUCCUCGCCACAGGCACGUUCGACAGCCCGGCCCGGCUGGGCAUCCCCGGGGAGGCCCUGCCCUUCAUCCACCAUGAGCUGUCUGCCCUGGAGGCGGCCACAAGGGUGGGUGCGGUGACCCCGGCCUCGGACCCUGUCCUCAUCAUUGGCGCGGGGCUGUCAGCGGCCGACGCGGUCCUCUACGCCCGCCACUACAACAUCCCGGUGAUCCAUGCCUUCCGCCGGGCCGUGGACGACCCUGGCCUGGUGUUCAACCAGCUGCCCAAGAUGCUGUACCCCGAGUACCACAAGGUGCACCAGAUGAUGCGGGAGCAGUCCAUCCUGUCGCCCAGCCCCUAUGAGGGUUACCGCAGCCUCCCCAGGCACCAGCUGCUGUGCUUCAAGGAAGACUGCCAGGCCGUGUUCCAGGACCUCGAGGGUGUCGAGAAGGUGUUUGGGGUCUCCCUGGUGCUGGUCCUCAUCGGCUCCCACCCCGACCUCUCCUUCCUGCCUGGGGCAGGGGCUGACUUUGCAGUGGAUCCUGACCAGCCGCUGAGCGCCAAGAGGAACCCCAUUGACGUGGACCCCUUCACCUACCAGAGCACCCGCCAGGAGGGCCUGUACGCCAUGGGGCCGCUGGCCGGGGACAACUUCGUGAGGUUUGUGCAGGGGGGCGCCCUGGCUGUGGCCAGCUCCCUGCUAAGGAAGGAGACCAGGAAGCCACCCUAACACUCGGCCAGACCCGCUGGCUCCCAGGCCCUGAGAGGACAGAGAUGACCACAUCCCUGCUGGAUGCAGGACCCGUCCAAAGAUGCCCCAGGGAGGGGUGUCAGCCCACAUUGCUGGCCUUUGGGGUCAAGAGGAGUAGGGAUCCCAGGCUGCCCUGGACUUAGACCAGUGUCUGAGGUGGUAACAGUGGCCGCAGGCCAGGGUCGGCCUAGACCUGGGAUUUGUGGGGAAAGCUGCUGGUGUGACCAGCUGAGCACCCAGCCAGAAGACCUGCAGCCCUGUGCCUUCCAGAAGCAGGUCCCAAAUAAAGCCAGUGCCCACCUGC